CCACCACAAUAGUUAAGACAGUAUUUUAUAAAGGAUAAAACAUUUUCUGUCGCUCCUUUUUUUAUAUUAGUAUAUAGAUACUAUGUACUUAUAUUACUGUUGUUCUAUAUUUGUCAACCAUUCUACAAAAGUAGUCUACAAACUAGACUGGUGACCUGGCCGGGGUGUUUCCUGCCUUUCGCCCAAUAAAUCAGAUCCACCGCGACCCUCACCAGGAUAAAGCAAACAAUGAAUUAAUGAAUGAAAGGUUUUUAAACUGACUACAAGCUCAGAAAAUACUUCACUUUUUUUUUUCAAGUUUGAUCAUUUAACCUAAAAUUGACACUGUCAUAGAUUACACCUCAAAUAACAGUGUUGCUUUUGAUUCUGUAUCCAUCAUUUCACAAUAAAUUCAGAUCUCACCUUUUGUCCUAAUUUCUGAACGCAAUUAUCACAUGCUUUUACCCUCCCAAAUACUUUCAGCAUGAGCAAUGUUAUUAACCUCUCAGAAGUGUACAACCUGAAUAAACCCUCAGACUUGUAGAAACUAGCUUUGUAAUAAUUUACACAGCUUUCCCGUCAGGUGAAUCAUUUGAUAAUACGAGUAUUGUUUUGUUUGAAAAGAAACAAGUAGAAUAUUCUGUUUUGCGAUUCCCUCAUGUUUGCGGCUGCCGUGGAAAUCCUGGCUGGGGGGGGAUUGAGAGUUUGAUCCAGCCCCUCCUACCUCCAGUAUAAAUGCUCUCACGGCUGGUGUGGAGAGUCAGACUAAUAGCUGAGUGUCACAGCUGCCUUUCUUCAAGGAACAACAGGAAAAAGGAGCCACUGGAUUAUUGUCUCUGCAGGGACUCCUACGAGAUCUCAAGUUCAACUACACCUCCUAACAGAUUACUGACAAAAUGAAACUGGUUCUACUGUCGUUCUUCUGCUGCUGUCUGCUGCUCACUGUCACACCCAGUGUGAACAGUGCAAAACUCAACCUCAAUCAAGUUUUAAAAGAAAGCAUGUGGCUGCAGAGGAUAAAACGGGAUCUGAGUAGCCUGUCUACACUGAGGGAAACACAGCCUGGUCAGUUUGUAAGGGCUGAGGAUGUCAAAGACACCCUGCUUCCACAUUCCAGCGCUGGUAUUCCUGUGCGGACGAAGCGUUCCAAGAACUCCAUCAACCAGUCACGGAGGUCAGGCUGCUCUCUGGGCACGUGUACGGUGCAUGACUUGGCGCACCGUCUUCAUCAGCUCACCAAUAAGCUAAAAGUUGGCAGCGCUCCCAUUGACAAGAUCAGCCCGUUGGGAUAUGGACGCCGGCGUAGGUCAGUCCCGGACAGCCGGAUGAGCUUGGAAAUGCAGGGUGGCCACUUGCAGCCAGUGUGGAGGCUGGACAAGCUGGAAGCACUUCUUAGAAGGACAUGAACGGUACAGGGGCAAAGGGAAUGGAAACAAACACUGAGAUACACAUGCCUCAGAUUCCUGCCAAGAGUUCUCCGGCACAUUCUUUCGCAAGGCAAGCGACUGGGAGAGUAGCCGAGUCUCCUGAAAGUCAGCCUCGUCGAAGCACAACAGCUGUUCCGCAAGCACUGUCGAAGAGAGGCAGGGAAAGAGGAAUGCUGCGCUGGAGCACUGCAAGUUUCUUGGUGUAUGCCUGGAGCACUGAUUCAAGGAAGAGCAGAACGGCUACAGAUGAAACCUGAGGUAAUGGACUGAAUUUCGCUGCUCCUCUGAUGGACUAUGCUGUGGGAUUACAGGACCUCCGAUGAUACCACUAGAGGACUUUUUUCUAUGCUCUCACUGAAAACCUCUGGACUUUAUCAGAGAGUCAUGGAAUGCAACAGAGAAAGACGUGGAUCGUUUAUUCUAGGGAAAUGGAUUUAGGAAUAAUACCAUGAAGCUGUUUUCUGUCUCAAACCAUGUUAUUGGGCACUGUAUGAGAGAUGAAUGCCUUAGAUGAUAGAAAAUGCCUUAUCAGUCCAUAAGGAUUGUACUCUACUUGAAUACAUAUAUAUAUUUUCAUAUAGGGAUAUGUGCAAUCUAUAUAUAAUAAUUAACAGUAUAUGUAUAUAUGCCAAAGAUUGUUUAUGUAUUGUUAUUCUUAUUCGUUUUAUAUGACUUUGUAAGACUUAAAGAGAUACUAUUUUUGUACAGUAAAGGAAUAUGGGCAUUGUAGGUAUAUUGUAUAUUCACUGCCAUGUUAUAUAUUUUAAACUGUGGUAAUAAAUGUUUUAUGUAUGUCAUAAUAUAUUUGUAAAUGUGGUUGGUUUUGUGAGUAAUGUU